AUGGUCGCGGUUGAACACGAAGGGGAAUUGUUUCAACUUAGAGCCUUGAUUGGUCAAGGCUCACAGAGAACUUUCAUUUCCUCGAAAGUGCAGAAACGGUUGAAACUACCAUUCGAACAUUCCAAGUUCGAAAUUUCUGGCAUGGGUGGACACGUAGUACAAAGCUCCUCAAAGCUUUGUCCACUCACAUUGGUUGCACCCAAGACCCUGCAACGGAUAAACACACAGGCUAUCGUGUUACCUCAGCUCACGAGGCACAUGCCUACAUUCACCAUUAGCCGUGAAAACUGGCAGCGAUUCAAGAUCCUUGAACUUGCUGACCCAAGCUGUCACAUACCAGCUCAAACUGAUAUGGUAAUCGGCAGCGAUAUACUUCCACAGAUCUUGCUGGAACGUAUACAAAAGAUUUGCGACACUAUACUUGCGCAAAGAACAAUAUUUGGCUGGAUUCUCAGUGGUCCAAUAACCAAAAAUGUGGUGGCAUUCUCGACACAAGUAGAAGAGUGCUCGAAUGCAACUCUCAGCUCUCAACUUCUAAAGUUUUGGGAAGAGGAGGAGAUUCCACAACCUCCACAAAUUUCACCUGAAGAUCAGGCAUGUGAGCAUAUAUAUGCAACAACAACGAUUCGUGCCCCAAACGGUCGAUACAUUGUGCGACUUCCAUUCAAGGAAGAAUUUCCAAAAAAAACUGUCUCUAGGCCACUCUCGGUAUGCUGCACUCCAGCAGUUUUUCUGCAAGGAGCGAUCGCUCCAGAAAAAAAGGAGACUUAG